CACACAUGCACAGGCUUCAUUUAACAGGAAAUUUGCUGAAGGCAAAUAUACAGAAAGAGGGUGAAAUGUACUAGACUCACUUCCAUGAACAUAUGAAAUAAGUCUUAACAUCUCAACAACAAGAGAGACAGCAAUUUGUCAUCAUGACUGAAACAUAUACAGAGAGCAUGAAUACAACAACAUUUGAUUACUACGAAACAGAAACCUGCACGACUACAGAUUUACAGAUGAAUACAGAUCUCAAGGCUGCCAUUUUCUACAUGGUUUUUGGACUUGGCCUUAUUGGCAACAUCACCAUCUUAUGGGUCCUCUUGAAAAUCAUGCACAUGAAAAAUAUGACAAAUCUCUGCCUGCUCAAUCUCGCUCUGUCAGACCUACUAAUGGUCCUCUCACUGCCCUCCUGGGCUCUCUAUGUUCAGGGCCAUUACAUAAAGGCCAAUGAGAUGUGUAAAGCAAUGGCGGGUACAUACCAAGUGGGAUUUUACAGUGGAAUCUUAUUUGUUACCCUGAUGAGCGUGGAUCGCUACUUGGUCAUCGUACAUGCUGUUGCAGUGCUGGGAGCGAAAAUGCUGCGUUACGGAAUUAUAGUUAGUCUCAUUAUUUGGAUGGUUUCAAUCUGUGCUGCCCUUCCAGAGGCCAUCUUUGCAGCAAUGGUCACAGAGGACAGUAUCACCAGCUGUCAGAGAGUUUAUCCUGCUGGGUCAGCCCAAAAGUGGAAGCUCUUCCGUAACUUUGGUGAAAAUACAGUAGGACUGUUCAUCUCUUUGCCCACUUUAACCUACUGCUACAUCAGGGUACUAAUGGUUGUGAAAAAGACAAAAAACUCAAAAAAGGAACGGGCCAUAAAGCUCAUCUUAGGCAUUGUCAUCGUGUUUGUGGUUUUCUGGGUGCCCUACAAUGUGGUGGUGUUCCUGAAAACCUUGCAGGAGUUUGGCAUUCUAACUAGCUGUGAGGCUUAUCGUCAUAUCAGCAUGGCCAUGGACUUGACAGAGACAAUCGCACUUACUCACUGCUGUGUAAAUCCCGUCAUUUAUGCUUUUGUUGGAGAAAAGUUCAGGAAAUGCCUAGCAAGUAUGUUUUCAAGAUAUCUUGUGUGUGUGAAGACCUACCAAUUGACAUCUACACAAUCCAAAGUUUCAGAGAAUGAAACUUCCAACACAGCUGUUUUUUUUACAUCUACCAAAAGUACAAAAGUUUAGAUGGGACAUGCAACAAUUUUUUUUUUAUCCUUUUUGUAAAUAUUGUGGUAAUCAUUUAAGUUGUUCAUGCAUUGUACCAUAUAAUGCGUUUGUUCUGGUUAUACUACAUCAGUUAGUGAAACUAAAUGUCAUUGUUAAAAAAGAACCAUCAUAUAAGUAUGUGAAAUUAUACAAAGAUAUGAAAAUUCCUGCUUCAGGUUGGUGGGGCAAGAGAUGUUUUCUGCAAUCUAGUGUUUAUGAAUAAAUUAGUGUCUUUAACACUGGCUUAAAAAUGAAAUGAUGCAUUAAAUUUAAUGAAUUUACAAGUGAUCUAAUAUUAAUAAUAUAUCUGUUCCUCAAUAUCUCUGAGGCCUCAUCACAUGACCUGCUAAAAACAUCACUGUUUCCAUAUAAUUGUCAUUAACCACAGGAAUAGAAAUAAACAUCCUUAACCACACAUACGUCAAAGGCAAAACCAAACACAAAACAUUGUCCCCUCACAUGGGCUAAAAGAGUAUGUGUGAGUGCAGUAUUGAUAUAUGGAGGAACUUUAUUUUGAAUGUAUUCUUUACUGAACUGAUGUCUGUGAAUAUUAUAUAUUCCUAAUGUCUGUUAAAUUUUAUGCUUAAAGUACUUAUUUCAAAUGCAAUGAUAAUAAUGUCAAGAUGUUUAUCAAUAUGUAAAUAAACAAUUCAAUAAAACCAUUAAAAUCUGUAUAUUGUAAUGCUAUUGCUUACCACAAGAGCCCUCCCUAACACAUUUGGCACUGCAUGCUUACACUUACUUUAGUUUUAAAUCAUAGACAAAAAAAUAUUCUAGUAACAACACUGUCUCUGUAGCCUCACAUAAUAUUGAAUUAUGAAAUUUUAAACAUAAGAAAAUAUCCAAAUUAAGUGGCAUUUUAUUGCAUAACAAUGUUCGCAAUGACAUUUGGACCAUGGAAUUUCAGAUUUGAUAUUAGAGACAUUGUAUUACCUUUAUGGGGGUGUAU